AUGAUCGAGUGGGAAUGGAAUCUCUUCCUCGACGCCCCGAGCUGGAGCAAAAUCUCGAUCCAGAAGGUUGUUCUUGCAGCGAUCAGGGCUUCUACCAGGUCCAAAGAUUUGAAUCGGGGGAAGCAAAUCCAUGCCGCUGUGGCGGCGAGCUGCGAUCGCUUGGAAUCUCGCGUCGCCAGCAGCUUGAUCGCAAUGUACUCGCGAUGCGGCAGCGUGAUCGAGGCUAGAGCAGUGUUUGAUGACAUGGAUUCCCACGACGUGGUUUCCUGGACGGCUAUCAUACUUGGCUACGUCCAGAAUGGCGACGCAGGAAUGGCUCUGGAGCUGUUCGAAAGAAUGCUAGCUCAAGGAGUGUGUGAUCCAGAUGCCCGGGUUUACGUCGCUGCGAUCAAAGCUUGCGCUCAUCUAGCCACGAAAGAAGAAGCCAUCGACGAUCUUCCGGGAAGAAUGGUGAAGUUACGAUCGCUAGAGAGAGGGAUGGCUCUCCAUUCUCAGCUCGCAAGGAAGAACUGGGACGUAAACAACGUCUUCGUGGCUUCCAGCUUGGUGACUUUGUAUCGCAAGUGUGGAGCGAUGGUGGAUGCUUGGAGAGUUUUCAAGAGGACGAUUGCCAGGGCUGAUGCUGCUAUGUGGAAUUCUCUCCUGCUCGGGUACGCGGAGAAUGGAGAGCCGCAAGUGACUCUGGAUUUGCUGCUGGCUGUGGGUGCCCCGGAUCGGGGAACUUAUGCUGCGGCACUCAAGGCUUGUUCUUACUUAGCAGCGAAAGAAGACGCUACCAAACUCGAUGGUUUCGCGGUAAAGCUUGACGCUCUAGAGAAAGGCAUGGCUGUUCACUCGCAAGCUGGGAAGGAUGGCUUCAAGCUCGACGCUACUUUGGCCAACACUUUGAUAGAUACGUACGCGAACUGUGGUGGACUUGUCGAUGCAAAGCGGGUUUUCGACAGGCUACCGGAUCGUGACACAGUUUCCUGGACAGCUCUGAUCCUCGGCUAUGCUGAAAAUGGAGAGAGCAAGGUGGCUUUGCAGCUGUUUGAGACGAUGCAACAGUCGGGUGGCUGUGUCUCAGAUCAUCGGGUUUUUAUUGCUGCAGCGAAGGCAUGCACUGAUCUUGCGGAGAAAGCUGAGGCCGGAGAACUGUUUGAUUGA